AUGUUAGUAUGUGAAGAAAAAAAGACUAUUUAUCAUGCUGCUAAAGAAUGUUCUGUUCCUAAAGAAACAAAUAGACGAAGAAUAAAACAACAAGAAUUUAAAGCAAACAAACGUGAAGGUCGAAAAAGUGUGCUGAGUGAUAAUGAUGAAACUAUGAUUGUAGCUGCAGCUCAGUAUUGUCAAAGAUAUGGUCUUCCAUUAGAUUCUCUUGACAUUAAUAAUUUAGUCGCUCAAUUUUGCACAGCCAUGAGGAUGAAAACUCUUUUUAAAAAUGGAAUUCCUGGGAAAGAUUGGAUAAUUUCUUUUAGGAAGCGUCAUGUUGAUAAACUUCGAUUACAUAAACCUGAAAUACUUACAUUUUUAAGAGCUAAAAGUGUAACACGUGAAGUUUUAGAUAAUAUUUUAUCUGAUGUAAUCCAUAAUAAUAACAUUGUACAAAAAGUGACUGCUUCUUCUGGUAAAGCUGUCUAUUCUGUGCUGUUCUGUGUGUCUGCAGAUGGAAGAUAUCUUCCACCAUUUGUUGUUUUUAAAGGAGAAGGCUAUCUGUAUUCUAAAUGGAUAGAAAAUGGACCACCAGGAUGUGCUUUUGGUGCAACAGAAAGUGGAUGGAUGCAAGACUUUCUGUUUGAAAACGGGUUUGUAGAGCACUUUAUACCAUUUGUUGACCAAGAUGAAAAACCAAUACUCUUGCUUUAUGAUGGUCAUUGCAGUCAUUUAAUAUAUGGUACCAUAAAAGCGGCCAUGGACAACCAUAUCCAAAUUGUUUGUCUUCCACCAAAUUGCUUACACGCAUUACAACCAUUAGAUGAGGCUGUCUUCGGACCAUUAAAGAAUGAGUGGAGAAAAAUUUUAAAGCGCGAAAGUGAAACGUGGAUUGACAGUGAAUUAAAAGUCAGUAAAGUUUUUAAAGAGCAUUUGGGAUUAACAAAUAUUCGGAUUGUAAGAGCACAUAGAACUGGCCAGAGAGAUAUGAGUAAACCAUGA